CAAUAAAAUAACCUUAAGCUUUGAGAGAAAUAUAAAUUGCAUAAAAAAAAUUGAUACAAAUGCUAAUUUAUUUGCCAAUAGACACACCCCUUCGUCUUUCCCUCCAUAAUCUAUUCCCAUUCCCUUUCAGUCUUCACUCUCCUGGCCAUAAGUGACAAGUCUUAAGGAGUUCUGAUUUCCUGAUUCUGACUAAAAAUGGACAAAGAAACUGGUGGAUCCCCUCCACCUCCAGUGCCAACUAAUGGGAAGACAAAGAAGGCAGAUGCUCCCAAACAUUCUAUCGUCAGUAGGCAGGGAUUUGGAAAUAGUGGCCACCGCAUACCUUUGCUCAGCAACCACUUUAAAGUUUCUAUCAACAUUCCAGAUGCUGUGUUUUACCAGUAUAGUGUUUCUUUUACUUCAGAAGAUGACAGAGUUGUUGAAGUCAAGGGAAUUGGCCGAAAGCUAAUUGAGAGGCUCUACCAAACAUAUUACACUGACCUUGGUGAUACAAAGUUUGCUUAUGAUGGCGAAAAAACGCUCUAUAAGUUUGCUUAUGAUGGCGAAAAAACGCUCUAUACAGUGGGCCCUCUGCCACAGAACAAGUUGGAGUUCACUGUAGUGCUUGAGGAGUCAUUUGCAAAACAUGGAAAUGGGAGUCCAGAAAGUGGUGGGAGCCCUACUGCAACUUCUAAGAGGUCAAAACGCUCUUUUCAUUCAAAGUCUUUUAAAGUGGCAAUAAGCUAUGCUGCUAAAAUUCCCUUGAAAUCCAUUGGUCUUGCUCUGAAAGGAGUCGAGGCAAAUAAUAGCACUCAAGAUGCUCUAAGAGUAUUAGAUAUUAUCUUGAGGCAGCAAGCAGCUAACAGGGGUUGCCUUUUGGUGAGGCAGUCAUUCUUUCAUGAUGAUUCAAGGAACUUUAUUGAUGUCGGAGGGGGUGUAACUGGUGUUCGGGGAUUCCAUUCCAGCUUCCGUACCACUCAGUGCGGCUUGUCUCUCAAUAUGGAUGUGUCUACAACAAUGAUCUUAACACCUGGACCAGUGAUUGAUUUUCUGCUAGCUAAUCAGAAUGUACGGGAACCACGCUAUAUCGACUGGGUAAAGGCAAAAAGGAUGUUGAAAAAUUUGAGGAUUAAGCCUAGGCACCGUAACAUGGAAUUUAAAAUUAGAGGCUUGAGUGAGAAGCCCUGCAAUCAGCAGUAUUUCCCUAUGAAAAUGAAAAACAGUGAGAGUGCAAAUGCCGAACCACAGACUGUGGAGAUAACUGUGUAUGAGUACUUCACUAGACACUGUGGCAUAGAACUCACCUUCUCCGCAUUCCUGCCUUGCCUUGAUGUUGGAAAACCAAAACGGCCAAACUAUCUGCCAAUAGAGCUUUGUUCGCUUGUUUCACUGCAACGCUAUACAAAAGCUCUAUCAUCAGUUCAAAGGGCAUCUUUGGUUGAAAAAUCUCGACAAAAGCCACUGGAUAGAAUAAAAACUGUGACUGAUGCUGUCAGGAACUACCGCUAUGAUGAUAAUCCUAUGCUUUCUGUAUGUGGUAUAUCUAUAGAAAAACAAUUGACACAGGUUGAGGGUCGUGUACUUGAGACUCCAAAGUUGAAGGUUGGAAACAGCGAGGACUGUGUCCCUCGUAAUGGACGGUGGAACUUCAAUAACAAGACACUUUGGAAAUCCACUACCAUUGAACGCUGGGCUCUUGUCAACUUUUCUGCUCGCUGUGAUACUAGUCAAAUUUCUCGUGAUCUUGUUAACUGUGGAAGAAGAAAGGGCAUACAAAUUGAACGACCAUAUACAUUAAUUGAGGAGGACACACAAUCUAGAAGAGGCGGUCCUCUUGCCAGAGUAGAAAAGAUGUUUGAGCAGAUUAGAGCUAAGCUUCCAAGUGCUCCACAAUUUAUUUUGUGUGUCUUGCCAGAGAGGAAAAACUCUGAUAUUUAUGGACCAUGGAAGAAAAAAUGUCUGAGUGAUUUUGGAAUCGUCACACAGUGCAUUUCUCCUUUUAAAAUUAAUGAUCAGUAUCUUACAAAUGUACUUCUUAAGAUCAACUCUAAGCUUGGAGGAAUAAAUUCUUUGUUGGAAAUUGAGCAUUCCAAACAAAUACGCCUCAUAAUGGAUACUCCCACAAUGAUUUUGGGCAUGGAUGUGUCUCAUGGCGCUCGUGGUUGUUCAGAUAUUCCAUCUGUUGCUGCGGUUGUUGGGUCUCGAUAUUGGCCAUUGAUUUCAAGGUAUAGAGCAUGUGUAAGAACACAAUCUCCUAAGGUGGAGAUGAUUGAUGCUCUAUUCAAGCUUACAGACGAUAAGAAUGACGAUGGCAUCAUGAGAGAGCUGCUAGUGGACUUCUAUCAGACUAGCAAUGGACGCAAACCAAAGCAGAUUAUUCUCUUCAGGGAUGGAGUGAGUGAGUCACAGUUUAAUCAGGUUUUGAACAUUGAAGUGGAGCAAAUCAAACAGGCCUAUCAGCAUCUUGGUGAGGCUGAAACUCCCAAAUUCACUGUAAUUAUUGCUCAAAAAAAUCACCACACAAAGCUAUUUCAAUCUAGUGGCCCUGAAAAUGUUCCUGCUGGGACAGUUGUAGAUACAAAGAUUGUGCAUCCUAGAAAUUACGACUUCUACAUGUGUGCUCAUGCUGGAAUGAUAGGCACUUCAAGGCCAGCACACUACAUUGUCCUGCUUAAUGAGAUUGGAUUUUCUCCAGAUGACUUGCAAAAUCUUAUCCACUCUCUUUCUUAUGUGUACCAGAGGAGCACUACUGCCAUCUCUAUUGUGGCCCCAGUAUGUUAUGCUCACCUUGCUGCACAGCAGAUGGGGCAGUUCAUGAAGUUUGAGGAUUUGUCUGAAACCUCCUCAGGACAUGGAAGCAUGACUUCUGCAGGGCCUAUUCCUGUUCCCGAGCUGCCUAGGUUGCACAAGGAUGUCGCGGGUUCAAUGUUCUUCUGCUGAGAUGCAGCUGACAAAUCUCGUAAAAAUUACUUUAUAUAUUUGCCUAGUGGAAAUCUGGACUAGAAUUUUUGCUUGCAUUGCCUAGCGCCGCUUUUUACCAGGCACACUACUAACUGCCGUCUUUGAUAGGGUUGCCUUAUGCCCUGUUCAUUUCUAAUUACUUGUUUCUACAAAAUCUUUUUGUCCUUGGAAGCAUAUACUGAUCCCGGAAAAUUCAAAUAGAUGCACAUGGUUAAGAUUAAGAGAGAGAGAGAGAGAGAGAGAGUGGAGUUUGCCUUGUAAAGCUAACUGUUAGUUUUUAAUACACAAUUGGUUGUUGCAUAAAGGUGCAACCAUGUUGUCUGUGAGA